UCAAGCAUGCGACCAGUACGUAAGGUGUUCUAUCUCUUGCUUAGCGGCCCUUCCUUGGUGGCGCUGAUUAAUCCAGAAGGGCUAGAUUUCAUUGGAGCGGUGACAGCUUCCCCGGGUGGGCAGCUCUGGUCCUGCACGGUGUCAAUGAUGAAAGCUUCCAGGGAAAAUGCACUUAAGGAAGCUGCCCAAGGAGACCAUCGCCUGAGGCCCCAUUAUGCAGGCCUUCCCGCAAGGGCCCGCCAGCUCGACAAGGUGAAAGCAGAGUAUGCUCGGCUUAAACACACGCUCACCAUAGUGACCAGAGAACGUGAUUUGGCCGUGAAGGAGAAACACCAGCUCCAAGCCAAGCUGGAGAACCUAGAACAGGUCCUAAAGCACAUGCGAGAGGCCGCAGAACGGCGGCAGCAGCUGGAGUUGGAGCAUGAACAAGCCCUGGCCAUCCUCAACGCCAAGCAGCAGGAAAUUGACCUCCUGCAGAAGGCUCAGGUUGAAGCUAAGAAAGAACAUGAAGGUGCAGUGCAGCUGCUAGAGUGCAAGGUGCGGGAGCUGGAGGAGAAAUGCCGGACACAGAGUGAGCAGUUCAGCCUGCUGUCCCGGGAUCUGGAGCAAUUUCGCCAGCACGCCGGCAAGAUCGACCUGCUGGGCAGCAGCCCCGUGGCCUCCCUGGAUGUUCCCUCGUCCCCCAGCAAGUCUUUCCCAAGAUUCAUGAACGGACUGGCUCCCUCCAUUGGAAAAGGUCAGGAGAGCGCCCUUGGAAGCCGCACUGUGGUCGGUGAAUAUAUCCGGCCCCUCCCGCUCCCGGGUGACAAGCCGGAACCUCUGUCCGUCAAGCCCACCUUCCUGUCAAGAUCCAGUGGCCCAAGAUGCAGAUUUGAAUCAGACAUGGAUAAUGAUCAGAAUUCCAAUACCGCCAAGCAGAGGUACUCGGGGAAGGUCCACUUGUGUGUCGCCCGCUACAGUUAUAACCCCUUCGAUGGGCCCAAUGAAAACCCGGAGGCUGAGCUGCCCCUCACGGCAGGGAAGUAUCUCUACGUCUAUGGAGACAUGGAUGAGGACGGCUUCUAUGAAGGCGAGCUUCUGGACGGGCAGCGGGGCCUGGUGCCCUCCAACUUUGUGGAUUUCAUCCAGGACAACGAGUCUCGACUGGCCAGCACGCUGGGGAACGACCAGGAUCAGAACUUCAUCAACCAUGCGGGCGUCGGCUCGGAGGGCGAGAACAUUCUGGACCUCCACUCUCCAACGCUCACGGACUCUGGCCUCGCUGACCACGGGGCAGGGACACUGGACGUGAACAUUGACGACAUCGGAGAAGACAUCGUGCCUUACCCUCGGAAAAUCACCCUCAUCAAACAACUCGCCAAAAGUGUCAUUGUGGGCUGGGAGCCCCCGGCAGUGCCCCCAGGCUGGGGGACCGUGAACAGCUACAACGUGCUGGUGGACGCGGAGACGCGCCUGAGCCUGGCUCUGGGCGGCAGGACCAAGGCCCUGGUGGAGAAGCUCAACAUGGCAGCCUGCACCUACCGCAUCUCCGUGCAGAGUGUCACCAGCCGGGGCAGCUCGGACGAGCUGCGGUGCACACUGCUGGUGGGCAAGGACGUGGUGGUGGCUCCCUCCCACCUGCGUGUGGACAACAUCACCCAGAUCUCUGCCCAGCUGUCCUGGCUGCCCACCAACAGCAACUACAGCCAUGUCAUCUUCCUCAACGAGCAGGAGUUGGAUGUCGUCAGGGCUGCCAGGUACAAGUACCAGUUCUGCAACCUCAGGCCCAACAUGGCUUACAAGGUGAAGGUCCUGGCCAAGCCCCAUCAGAUGCCCUGGCAGCUCCCCCUGGAACAGAGGGAGAGGAAGGAGGCCUUCGUGGAGUUCUCCACGCUGCCUGCAGGUCCUCCAGCACCCCCACAAGAUGUUGCUGUCCAAGCUGGGACCACCCCAGCCACCGUCCAGGUCUCCUGGAGGCCGCCCACUUUGACGGCCACUGGGCUAUCCAAUGGAGCCAAUGUUACCGGCUAUGGCGUGUACGCAAAAGGGCAGAGGGUCGCUGAGAUCAUCUCGCCCACAGCGGACUGCACGGCCGUGGAGCUGGUACGCCUGCGCAGCCUGGAAGCCAAGGGCGUGACCGUGCGGACCCUCUCUGCCCAGGGCGAGUCCGUGGACUCUGCUGUUGCUGCCAUUCCCCCUGACCUCCUGGUGCCUCCAACCCCCCACCCGAGAACUGCUCCCACACCGAAGCCAUUAGCAAGUGCCGGAGCCCCCGAAACCAAAGAUGAGCACCCGGGUCCCCACGCUGCGAUGGACGAGGCCUGGGAACACGGCCGGGCACCCGCCCCAGCCCACGGGCACCUGCUGGAGCCGCCCGGCCUGCAGGGCUCGGGCCCCGGGCGGCGGUCGCCCUCGCCCAGCCGCAUCCUCCCGCAGCCGCAGGGCACCCCGGUCUCCACCUCGGUCGCCAAGGCCAUGGCCCGGGAAGCCGCACAGAGGGUGGCUGAGAGCAGCAGGUUAGAGAAAAGGAGCGUCUUCCUGGAGAGGAGCAGCGGACAGUAUGCAAAUUCGGACGAGGAGGAUGGCUACGAGUCCCCGGACGUCAAGAGGAGGGGCGCAUCUGUGGAUGAGUUCCUGAAAGGCUCGGAGCUGGGCAAACCGCCACACUGUUGCCAUGGAGACGAGUACCACACGGAGAGCAGUCGGGGGUCUGACCUCUCGGACAUCAUGGAGGAGGAUGAGGAGGAGCUGUACUCUGAAAUGCAGCUGGAGGACGGGGGCAGGAGGCGGCCGAGCGGCACGUCCCACAAUGCCCUCAAGAUUUUAGGAAACCCGGUGACCGCAGGACGGGCUGAUCGGGCGGAUCACGUGGGCCGGAGGUUUUCCCACGGCAGUGCAGCUUCCCACAGGUCCCGGCCAAUGAUGGUCCAUUCUGCGGCGAUAUUCCAUGUUCUUCAAGUGUAUGGUGAUAAAGACGCAGAUGGAUUCUACCGCGGGGAAACCUGUGCCCGGCUUGGCCUUAUUCCCUGUAACAUGGUCUCUGAAAUCCAGGCAGACGAUGAGGAGAUGAUGGACCAGCUUCUCAGACAAGGCUUCCUCCCUCUGAACACACCUGUGGAGAAAAUAGAGAGGAACAGAAGAGGCGGCAGGCAGCACGCGGUGUCCACGCGAAGGGUGGUGGCCCUGUAUGACUAUGACCCGAGGGAGAGCUCGCCCAACAUCGACGUCGAGGCUGAACUUACAUUUUGCACAGGAGAUAUUAUUACUGUUUUUGGUGAAAUUGAUGAAGAUGGAUUUUAUUAUGGGGAGCUUAAUGGGCAGAAAGGGCUUGUACCUUCCAACUUCCUAGAAGAAGUGCCUGAUGAUGUAGAAGUCUACCUUUCCGACGCACCGUCCCACUACUCACAGGAGAUGCCAAUGCGCUCCAAGACGAAAAGGAAGAAGAGUGUUCAUUUCACACCUUAAUCAGGCAAUGUAGCCUUCACGUAAGUGAGCAACUGAAGAUACCUAUAAAGAUACCAACUUAAGCUACCUUAACUGGACCAAUGUGGUAGACUUAAGGCUUCACUGUGGGGUUAAAAAAAAAAAAAGAAAUAUGUCUCAAAAAUCCAUUGGACCUAAAGUAUUACUUGGUCUCAGUUGUAAAGCAACUGAAUUUGCAGUGAAAUAAAUCAUCUUUAAUAAUUAUUUCCUACGAUUUACAUUAAGAAUAUUUGAAAGGCCAACAUUGGGAACAUAUUUCUUAACAGGCUAAUUGUUCGUUUACACAGAGUGUUCCAAUGUCUACUCAUAAUUAAAGCUGCAUAUUGCAUUGUUAGCCACUCUUGGAAAAAGCACAACCUAAUAAAUGUUUACUAUGGAAAUUUUACUUAAAAAAAAUGCAACUCGAGAUCGAGCAGAUGAGUAGUGAACAAGAGGUGAUCUAGAGUUGGCACUGAACACUUCCCAUGCUGGCUUGAGCAGCAGACAGCUUUUUCUUAAGUGACCACCCCUCUACCUUACAGGAGAGCUGGUGCUUCUCCUCAAAGCACAAGUGAGUGUCCUGAACACAAAGGCGUUUGGUGGAAGACUGCUCUGUUGGUAUACCAAUGCAAUACUAAGUUUAAUGAAACAUGCAGCUCAAACGAUUGCAUUAGAUGGAAUAGAUGGUAUCUUCAGGUGUACUUUGGGAUGCUUUACUAGGUGUUUUCCAUUAGAAUUAGACCUUGAUUUUAAAUCCAAGUAAGCUUGAAGCCCUUUGGCUCAUAUCAUUUGCCUGUUGAAUAAUGAACACUCAUAUUAGAGAGAGGUUUGCUCUGGUGAGGUAAGGGAGUAAGAGGAAUUCAGGCAUGCCCAGGACCAGAAACAUGAGUGAGGCCAGCUGUCAUGCCUCCCAUAUAGUUCUGCUCUUGUAAAGCAGCAUUAAGCACUGAAGUGUACAAAAGUCCUACCAUGUGCUCUAUAUUGACAAAAAGACAUCUUUAAUAUCUUGGAAAUAACAAAAGCAUACAAUAAGGGCCUUUAAGCUUUCUUUGAUUGUAAUUAAGGUUCAUUUUAGUUUUUUUUUUUCUUUCAACCGGUGUGCCAUCUCCAGUGUUUCUACAGUAUACUAACCAACCCAGGAAUGCACUCAGCAAUGUCAGGGUUUUAUAUACCCAAGUAGUUUUCAUAUACAACAAAACUUUAAGAACUUUUUUCUUUAAGAACUUUUGUGUUUAAGAUUACUUUUGUGUUUAAGAUGGGUACUUGGCCAAUACUACUCUCAACAUAAUUCAAAGUAACUUUUUUUUUUCCUGCUCUGUCUUAGUUUACAAAGUAAAUUACUACCUAGCUUUGUUUUGCCAAAGCAAUGGCCACCCCCUCCCCGGAGACAAAGAAACUGAAAACCCAACAUUGAUGGCUAGACCCCCCUGUCAGAGAUAUGCCCUGGGAGGGGUGUGAGCCUCUCAUGGCAUACUUUAACCCUUGAAAGAAGGCAUGAUCCACCCUUACCUUUCCUGGUGGGAAACGGGGCAGUGCGGGGCUUCUGAUGUUACCGAGUGAGCGGAUGGAUGUUGUUGGCGCUCGCGCACUCAAUGAACUGUAACAAUGUACCUACUAGGUUCCUGCUGAGGGGUCAGGUACAGCAAGGAGAGCGCCAUCCCCCACAGUGCAUCUCCAUUCGGGGUCGCCUCCGUCACCUAAGGGUACUGGUAGUCCUGGGAGAGGCAGGGACAUGUCCUCGAAAAAGAAAAAGGGGCUGCUUUCCAAAGGCAAGAAACUGCUGAAAAAGCUGGGUGCAGUGAAAUGAUUCAUGUGCUUCCGGACAACCUCCAAAUCUAUGUAAUUUUCUUUAAUUCCAAACUAGGGCUUUCAUGACUCAAGUACUUCCUAAAAAAACAAUCUUCUCCCCUGACACCAGUAGAGAAAUGCUCUUUGCACUACCAUCCACUUUAAGCCCAGCGCCAGGACAAAGAGCUGCUGGUGCUCCCACCCGCCUCGGCCCAUCGCUCUUAUUAGUGCCCGGGCUCUGGCGGCAGCUGGGCUGUCUCGAGAACAUGCAGGGGGCCAGUAGCUCUUUGUGGCUCACUCCCUACCUGGGAUUCCAGUCUUUGUGCAUUUGUCAUCUGCCCUUAAAGGAAUGAUUUCAACCUCUCUCCCUUUUCAAAAUGCUUGCCUCAUAAUGCAUAACUCUCACUUUAACUCUGGUCUUGAAAUUCCUAGUUUACUCGCCUUGAUGUCCUGCCUUAUAAAUGCACAGUGAUUUGUACUGUCUAAUAAAAACUACAGUGUACACUUUGUAUGUGUCGUGCAUUCAGUGCUCUCAUCCUCACAGACACAGUGGUUUGAAACCAAGUUGUGCAGGCUGUGCAAUUUAAGAUGCUGGCUUUUCAGCUUUUAAAGCAAGCCAGGCAACACACAGAAAAUGUUUACUUACUCACAUCAUUCAAAAAAGCGGAGAGGAAGUAGCUUUGGUAAAGUACCACUUCUCCAACCUGCCAGACACCUGGUAAUAUUCAUUGCUUUCAGUGUUACAUUUUGUGGCAUAUGGAUUUACGUUACUUUCAUUAUUUGUCAAAAUGCCAUACACAGCCAACAGUGAACAGCACACACGUAAAGCAAUCUACAUGAUGCAUAAGCCACACCAGAAACAUCCUAAAUUCAAGUCUCUUCAAAAUUACUCCAUACCAAUCUUCACCAUUGGCACCUGAACAAAAAAAGAUUUACAAAGUUGCUGGCAGAUGUAUUUGAUGGUUACUAUUUUGUAAUUCUUGUCCACUUGUAAAUUGUUUUUACUCUUUAUACAUACUUUUCAGACUGCCUUUCUUUUGUAACUGAUGGAAGGUUUAUAAAUGAAUGACAAAGCUUUCCCCAUUGUGUCUUCAAAAAUGAUACUGUAAAUUGUACUAUAACAGUAUGUGGUAGCUUUAUUAAAAGGAGAUUACUCUACGUGUGGUUAAGUUCUGCGUGGGCGUGUGCAUGUGUACAGUUCGUGUAAAAUAUUUUAUAAAAAUAAAAUUUGUUAUUUUAUACAAUGCCAG